AUGGCAGGCACAGUUUGCCUCGUUAUCCUGGAGGAUGGCCAAAGAAAGAAGAUUUCGCUGCCAAACGGCGCCUACGCCGAAUUGCUGUUUGCUUUACGCUCUCUGACCGACAUCAAUGACACCACUCUGGUCCAGAUGUACGACGAGGAGCUUGAAGAUUACGUUGACUUGGAUAUGCACAGCAACAUCCAAAACAAGGCCAAAAUAAGAUUGGCACGGAGGAUAGCCCCUGAAAUGAAUCGUGCAGGCCCUGCGUUUGCUGUUCGAGGUGGAAGCAACACGGAAAUGACUCAGUCUAGUGCUGUUACAGAAUGUGCAGAGGAGGUGCAGCAUGUACAGUCUGUGCCGUUGGAGAAGGAGAAGGACUACUUAGAUUUUGUACUACCCUCUUUUGACCAUUACGAGGAAGUGCUUCGUAGAAAGGUCCCAAUUAAUUGUGCAGUGCGACGUGCCAUUAUCAACAAACUGUUUGCAGCUUGCUUCAAGAUAGCUUGGUACCCUUCUAGACAGUUGUACCGCGUAGCUGCUGAGAGGCUUGUCAGUGCAUACCCACACCUUGCUGACAGAGUUGGCAGCGGAAAUGGCCUGGACUCGUGGGUCAUGGCAUUAAGAAACAAAUUCAAGAACAUGCGUAAGAAGGCAGAGAAUUGCUCCGAAGAAAUGUUGGCAAAAAAAAGGCACUUCCUGGUCAAGCGGAAACAGCAGGUGGCUUCUGGUGAAGCUACAAACAAGAAGUUAUGCCGCCUUUUUGGAAGCCAGG